AUGGAAAUAUCGAAGUGCUUGCAAGAAGAGAUUCUCACUGUGCAAAACAAACUGAAAAAUGCCAUACGCGAUCAUCAGAUCUGCGUGGGCAAGCUGAAGGAUGACCCCAAUAAUACGGACAUUCUCGGUCAGAUACAAAAGAUUCACGUACACAUCGUGUCUUUGGGAAGAUGCCAGAAACAAGUUGUCCAGCGGCUGCGCAAAGAGGUCGAAACGUUCAAGGCGGAGAACGCGAACGGGGCGAAAGUUUCUAUCGCGUCGCUCCUCGGACUGAACAAUAAUAAUCACAUUACAAACAACAACGAGAGGAAACUUAAGACCACCGGCAAUGACUUCAGUACGAAGAGUUCGAAAGAGGACUACGAGGAAGUCGUUAGAAACGGCGAUGUACCCUCGCCCCCGCAGACGGCAACUAGACGAAGAAAGGAACGUCCCAGUUCCGUGGAAACAAUCUCUGGCGAAGACGAUGUUAUCGAGGUCUCCAUGGACGAAAAUUCCAAUGAAAAAUCUGAGAAGGAAGAGCCGGUGAAAGAGUGCAAACAGGAAUUGACCGAAAAGAUCAAUUUCUUGAGCGCUCUUGGUCUAAUCACGACUUCAACGUGUGCCGAAUUGCAAAACAGAAGGGCCGAGAGAAAGCGUCGUAGUACGGCCAAUCCGCAAUUCGUCUAUUCGAGUCUUGAAGUGCCAACGAAACGAAAACGACAUUCGUACCUGCAAUCCGGAAAUGUUCCUCAAACUCGCCAAACAACCGCACGCAUGAACGGGCCGUCGCCUCCGCCCGUUAAAGUUGCACCACCGAAGUCAACUUCACCGCCGUCGUCAAGGACCGUGAUGAAGUCCUUGAUUCCAGUUCAGAAAACCGCCACGCGACCUAAUAUUCUUAGAAACGUGACCGAAAGUAAAGUUUACACCAAUAAGACCAAGGUUGAAAAUGGACCUAAUCAGAUACAAUUGCCUGUGCCCACUGUGAAAACUGUUCAAUCAAUUGGCAACAAGGCUGUUCACAUACCGGGCUUACCUUCCAGUUUAACUAUUGAAAGAAUCAGUAAUGAUUCCGCAGUCUGUAUAAGCUGUAGGAAUCCAGGUACUCUUACGGUAUGCGAAAAUUGCGCAUCAAAUUAUCACGUAUCCUGUCACUCCAUAUCACCGGCACCGCCAAGGAUAUGUCCUAAAUGUGCCCUAAUAGAAGUGGAAGACAUCGAAGACGUUGAAGAUGGGGAAGAGGAGGAAGACGAAGGACGCGCGGUGUUCAAAAAGGACGAAGAAUUCGCUACAACAUCGCACGCGCCAGGAAUUAUUAGGAAAACAAGAGAAGACGCAGAGAUCUAUAAAACGACUUGUGGACUUCAUAAAGCUGAUGCAGCUCAGAAAAAGCGGGGAUUCUCCAAGGCCAUCGGUAUCAAUCAGCUACCCGCCUCGACCUUCCUCAUCCCAAUCUCUUCAAACAACAUCUCUUCAUCAACCGUCAACCAGUCGGAUGUUGGGUCUUCCACAACAAUCAGCACCGAGCAACGAGAAAACGUGCCCUACUCCUCCAUCGUCCUCAAUCAGCUGCCCCGAUCGAGUAUCGCCUAUGUCGACCGAUCAGAACCUCAAGUCUCCUACGCCUACCAGUUACCAGUCAGUAGUGUGCAGGCAGAAAAGCAUCAGUCAUACCUCAUUGUCAAAAAAAUCACAGAACCAUCUAGAAGGGCAAGUCAGUCUUCCGAUGACCAAAGUCACGGUGCAAUGCUCAACUACAAGCUGCCAACCACAUCAGGUUACAACCCUCGCGUUCAGACGGAAAUCUCUGUCGCCCAGUCCUCUGUGUUCGUCGGUAAGCAGUUGCCCGAUGCCGUCAAUCGUAACCGUAAGAAGCAAACAAACCGCGCAGUACCAGCCCUCAAUCGCAUCAUCGACACCGAGAAUCUCUCCAUCACGACCGAGUAUCAGCUGGAACGAUCGGCAUUCAACGGUCGUAAGUCCCGGGCUAGACAAUCCAGGAACAAACUCGGUAUUAAUCAGCUGCGAUCUACCAGAGCCACAGAAAUCUUACUGCCUACCUACGAUAAUACAGAAUCCGACAAGCAAUUACAAAUCACAAAGUCAACCGAACCAGAGGAAACAGGCGUGUUCAGUGGUCGUCCAAAGUUCCGGCCAAGAACCGGUGGUCUUCUCCACUCAUUGUUCGCAGGCCAUAACAAGUCCUAUAUCGUCACCGAUAAUUCUCGAGAGUCACGAAACGUCGGCACAGUUGACAAAGAUACCGUCGUCGGUCGGCAACAGUUGUAUCAUCAAGACUACCACCUGGAGUCAGUCGAGCGAAACGAGCCUCCGGUCCAAUUGCAGCGUGGUGCCCUCACAAAAUUCUUCGAGCACGUGAAAUUGGAAGAAGCGCAUAUACCAGCGCCACUUAGAGCAAAGCUAGUAUACAAAACCGGUAAUGCUUCCGAAAAAAAUGACCUGGAUAUCAACGAAGUCACGGACGAGGAUACGAAUAGCAACAUUUAUGUUAGCAAAGCAUCCUUGUCGUCCGGUACCUUUGAUGAUGAUUAUAAUGAUUGUGAGAUCAAACAGACCAGUUGGCUCGCAAAUAGAAUUGCGAUGAAAAAGAAUCAAAAGAACAAUAAUGGAAGUAAGGGGAUGAAUUCGUUUGAUUCUAUUCCCAGUUCGAUAACAAGGACGGCCGAUAUUAUUACGUAUGAACGUAAACGACCUACCCCGUCCGUGAGGUACUCGCACGCGAUAUGCGAACCCGACGACGAUGAGGAAAUCACAUUGACUGGAACAUUUCAAGCUGAUAUGACUUAUCCGAGGCGCAUCACUUCUCUUACGGAAAUUGUAUCGGACAAUCGGAGGGAUCGGCAAGAUUCGGCGUCCCUAUGUAACGCACAGAGCAAUUUCUUGGAGCUUCGCAACGAGGUCUCAGUUCCUGAUGAUAAGGCUGACACCGAGAGACAAGACUUAUCCAGUGGCAGACGUUCAACCAGCAGCAGCGGUAGCAGCACUAGCGACAGCGACACUCCGGAACAAGCGAUGAACGACACUAUCAAGUAUUCACGGCGACGAUUGUCCGGAAACGAGUACAAGGAACGUUUGGGCAUUAAUGCUGUAUCUCCGGAAAGCAUGCAGGUGCUCGAACAGUUUGAGUCGGCUAUGCUGGAAACUGAUUGUAGCAAUGCUGCCACUUGCUAG